UUUAGCCACUUAAUUUGAAUGAUUUUUUAGGUUAUGUUAUAAAUUUUUUUGUUGGGGUAUCUGGAUCUGUUUAUGAAAAUGGUAACACCAGAUGAAGAAUACGAUCAUUACGUUAAAGACCCACGCACUCCUUGUAAAUUUGGAAUUUCAUGUUACCAAAAGAACGCCGCCCAUAAAGAGAAAUAUAAACAUCCCCCCAAGAAACGGCCAGCGGAGGAAGCUGCUUCCGAAGUAGAAAACAAAAAGGCCAAGAAUGAAUCCGAAAAUGGGAGCUCCCAUUCACCACCCGCACCCAUUGCUGAAUCAGAAGAGCCGACAGCUACCACCUCUUCUACUGUUUAUCCAAAAGAAUUCAUUAAGGAAAAGUUUUUGGUAGAAAUGCCGGAUGACUUCUAUAUGCUUUGGGAAUACUGUCAAACUUUAAACAAAGCUAACCCAUCCAAAGCAUUUUCAGAGAUCGGUUUGGAAUUGGUGGGCCCUUACGAUGUAUUAUCGCAAAAGUUGUUAAAUAUCAACAAACCCACCGAUGACUACCUUAUUCACUGGCGCUAUUACCACGAUCCACCCGAAUUUCAAACAGUUCUUAAAGGAAACGACAGCACCGAGUAUCACAUAGGCUACUUCAGGGACGAUCCUAACGACCUACCCGUAUUUUUAGCAGCUAAUCACGCAAAAAAAGAUGGGGUCUUAACCUGUGUCGGUGGCAACAUUUUCGCGGCCGUUUGGCACAUGAUGGAGGCAUUUAAGAAAAUUUGCGAUCCCUUUAAGAAAUUGUCUGUAACAAAUCUUCAGGGUAAAAUUAAGAAACAGGCAGAAAAUUUGAAGCUUUCACUCGACUUAAAACCCUCGCAUGUUAAAGAACGGAAUACAAAGAUAGUUAGCAGCACGUUCAAUUCAAUUGGGCUUGUGGUGCCCUACAAUCGAAAAACGCAAGUUGGAUAUCGCCACUUGUGCGUUGGAGCUGCGGAAUUGAGGAAGCUGCUAGACAGAGUAGGUAAAGCAUCUCCUCAACAGAAAGAAAAGGUGAUGUCCGAGCUGCAACCAGUAUUAACCGCAACGAGUAUAGCUACGGACGAAUGCGAUUUUGGAACCGGUAUCGAGUUGGGUUGGAAUAUUCUAGCGCACGGAGUUGACAGUUUAAAUUCGACAAUCGCGCGGUUUUUAGCAACCAACUAUGAAUUGAUAGGUCGCGACGCUUUCGCGGUUAUUAUUAGGGCUCACAUGAAAAAUCGAAAAAGAGGUGUCGAUUUAAGUAUUUGUUGAAUUAUUGUCAUUACUAUUUCGUGCUUUUUGAAAAAUGUCAAAAUUCAUUACAAAUAAGUGUCCUUAUUUUAAGCCAAUUAUUUAUUGAGAGUUAUGUGAUAUAGUCACCUCCACCAAAUAAUUAUUUUAUAUUAAAUAUUUGUCAUAUAAAUCAUAUCGCUAUGAGAAAUUGUAACUUUGUGUAGAUGAUAGAUUUGGUUCAAUAAAAGGGUUCUUUUAUACA